CAGUCGCUCAUCGGGAAGCCUGGCGGCCGGGCCCAGCCUCCGAGCGGAGCCCAUUUUGCUGGGCGUCACCAAACCUGAAAUACAGCCCUGGCCGCCGGGUCCGCGGCCGCGUGACCUUGGGCGGCAGCCUGGCCAGGUCGCGUUCCACUGGGAUGAAACUGGUGUCCCGGCAGAGGCGACCGGACCUGGGCCUUCCCGGGCUGGAGGGGCGCUUGAUACGGCGGACUAGAACCCCUGGGGAAUCACUCCUUGGAAGACCAAGGUCCCCUACGAGACCCUGAACAAGCGCUUCCGGGCCGCCCAGAAGAACAUUGACCGCGAGACCAGCCACGUGACCAUGGUGGUGGCCGAGCUGGAGAAGACCCUGGGCAGCUGCCCGGCCGUGGACUCCGUGGUCAGCCUUCUGGACGGCGUGGUGGAGAAGCUCAGCGUCCUCAAGAGGAAGGCGGUGGAGUCCAUCCAGGCCGAGGACGAGAGCGCGAAGCUGUGCAAGCGCCGCAUCGAGCACCUCAAGGAGCACAGCAGCGAUCAGCCGGCGGCCGCCAGCCUGUGGAAGCGCCAGCGCAUGGACCGCAUGAUGGCCGAGCACCUGCUGCGCUGCGGCUACUACAACACGGCCGUGAAGCUGGCGCGCCAGAGCGGCAUCGAGGACCUAGUGAACAUCGAGAUGUUCCUGACGGCCAAGGAGGUGGAGGAGUCCCUGGAGCGGCGGGAGACGGCCACCUGCCUGGCCUGGUGCCAUGACAACAAGUCCCGCCUGCGCAAGAUGAAGAGCUGCCUGGAGUUCAGCCUCAGGAUCCAGGAGUUCAUUGAGCUCGUGCGGCAGAACAAGAGGCUGGAUGCCGUGAGACAUGCGAGGAAGCACUUCAGCCAGGCUGAGGGGAGCCAGCUGGACGAGGUCCGCCAGGUCAUGGGCAUGCUGGCCUUCCCCCCCGACACGCAUAUCUCUCCCUACAAGGACCUGCUGGACCCGGCCCGGUGGCGGAUGCUGAUCCAGCAGUUCCGGUACGACAACUACCGGCUGCACCAGCUGGGGAACAACUCGGUGUUCACGCUCACGCUGCAGGCCGGCCUCUCGGCCAUCAAGACGCCGCAGUGCUACAAGGAGGACGGCAGCUCCAAGAGCCCCGACUGCCCGGUGUGCAGCCGCUCCCUGAACAAGCUGGCCCGGCCGCUGCCCAUGGCCCACUGCGCCAACUCGCGCCUGGUCUGCAAGAUCUCGGGCGACGUCAUGAACGAGAACAACCCGCCCAUGAUGCUGCCCAACGGCCACGUCUACGGCUACAACUCCCUGCUGUCCAUCCGCCAGGACGACAAGGUCGUGUGCCCGCGCACCAAAGAGGUCUUCCACUUCUCGCAGGCGGAGAAGGUGUACAUCAUGUAGGCCGCCGCCGCGCCCGGGCGCGCCGCCGGAGGUUUGUCCUCGCGCCCGUCCUGCAUGUCGUGUCGAGUAGCCAAUAAACUGCAAUAAAGGGCUUUCCAU